AUGAAGUUCACCACUGCCUUCGCCGCCAUGUCCGCCCUCGCCGGCGCCGCCUCCGCCGCGGCCAUCGAGAUGCGCGACACCUGCCUGGCCGAGUACGGCGUCUGCUACAAGCCCGGCCAGCCCAACCCCUCCGAGCCCUGCUGCAGUGGGCUCAUCUGCGUCGCCGACCGCUGCCGCGACCCCAAGAAGCUCACCGCGACGGCGCCCGCUCCCGAGCCCACCUGCCUGGCCAAGUACGCGACCUGCUACGUCGCCGGCGGGCCCCAGCCCGACAAGCCCUGCUGCGAAGGUCUGAUCUGCGCCGCGGACCGCUGCCGCGAUCCCAAAGAGGAGGAGGCCAAGCCCGCGCCCACCCCGGAGCCGACCUGCCUCGCCAAGUAUGCUACCUGCUACGUCGCCGGCGGCCCUCAGCCCGACAAGCCCUGCUGCGAGGGCCUCAUCUGUGCGGCUGACCGCUGCCGUGAUCCCAACGAGGAGACGUCUGCUUAA